UAGAAUUUAAAAUUAUUAUUGAUUGAAUUUUGAAAAGUUUUGUCUCAAUUUCUCACAUGUAUCAAUUGCAACGUACGUGAUAUUGACACGCUUUGCACUGAGAUAAUUUGAACGCAUUUGAAAGCAACAAAAAUGUGGUUAAAUUGCCGUUGGAAGAUGCUGCGGCUAUCGCGAAUGCUGAGAUUAUGUUUCUUUAUUGUGCUGAUCAGCACUUUAGUUAGCGCAGACAUAACGACUGUGGAGCGGAUACGGAAACACCAAGAAUGGCUAAAGCAACGCAAUCAGCAAAAAAGCAAUCGCCUGGCGGUAGCAGUUAAUUAUCCGAAAUCCAACUAUGAAAUGGCCAAUCUAUGGCGCUAUCCUAAGCAAAGUGCAGCGCCUGUAGAAAAGCCGAGUAUAAACGAAGUUUAUCCAGAAAACGAAGCUGUUGAAGCGACUGUUCAACCGUCAACAACAGCAAUAGCCAUAACACCAACUACCUCGACUUUGCUCUUGGCAACUACAGAAGCACUGGAAACAACACCAGUUAACACCGCAAUACACACCGAGGAACAAUCAGUAUUAUCGACUACGCCGACCGUAGCCUCAGCCAUAUUACCUUCUUCCGCAACACAGCGGACAACAACUGAGCCGGUGAAGUUGCCGCGUGGCUUUCAAGCGACGACAUCUGAGCGAAGUGUGGGUGUUCCCAAUGCGCCUAUUAUUAGUAGUGUAAGUUCCAGUGCGGCGAGUAGUAGCCGAAAAACACCUUUGAUAGCAACAACAACUACAGAGUUACCAAUUAGCAGCUCGAUUAGCAGUUCUGAUGUUGACAAAGCUUCAGAUGUGUCGUCAAACGAAACAGGGUUUUCAACAACAAGGCGACCGCAUGCGAGUCCACGUCAACGCGCCUAUCCACGCUGGGGCAAUUGGAGCAAGUGGAGUGAAUGCUCGCGUAGUUGUGGCGGAGGUGUUCGCUUUCAGCAGCGCAAAUGUAUCAAUCGCAACUCCUCAACUGGCAAACGUUACAUCAGUAAGGCCUGCAUUGGCGUCUACAAGCGUUAUCACAUCUGCAACGAGCAGCCUUGCCCUGCUGCGUUGGCUGAUUUUCGCGCCGUGCAAUGUGCAGCUUUCAAUGAGGUCGAUUUUCAGGGACAGAAAUACACGUGGGAGCCAUAUAUUAAAGAGGAUGCCGAAUGCGAACUCAACUGCAAGCCAGUGGGCAUGAAAUACUUUGCGACACUGAACUCUUCGGUCAUUGAUGGUACACCCUGCUUUCGUCCAGCUGAAUAUUAUCGCUCAAAUUAUCGGCAGCGUGCAAUGUGCGUGGAUGGAGUUUGUAAGGCCGUCCAUGCCACUGGCAUCAUCACCGGGCUUUCCGCCAACAGUGGAUCAGUGAGUUGCGGUGGUUUAAUUUGCCGUCCAAUAACGGGUAUCUUUACACGCGACCCACUACCAGAAGACGCUUACGUGCACGUGGCCACAAUACCAGCGGGUGCCUCGAAUAUUUCUAUCACCGAACUGGGAAACAGCAUAAAUUUACUAGUGCUGCGUACACCCGAUCAGAAAUACAUAUUUAAUGGCGAUAAUAGCGCUUCGGAUAGCGGUGCCUAUGAAGCUUUAGGCGCGAUUUUCAACUACCAUCGUAUUGACGGACUGCAGCAUGGCGAUGGAGUUACGGAGUGGAUUACUUGCAUGGGUCCCAUAAGAGAAAUGCUGGAGUUGAUGAUAUACAGCAAGUCCUCGAAUCCGGGUAUAAAAUACGAGUAUUUACUGCCCAUAACCUCUGACUCAGAAGAAAAUGAGCUAUCGGUGGAAAGUGAAGGGUUUUUGAAAAAUGGUCCAGAGGAAAGUUUUGCAAGCAAUUCGCGCUCUGGCCGACGUCGUCGCUUCAACUGGAAAGUGGUAGGCUUUAGCGCCUGUUCGAAAACCUGCGGUGGUGGCAUACAGACGCCAAUUGUGCGCUGCGUGCGGGAGAAUCCAAUACGCUAUUACUCCCAGCGCCGUUGCAUGCAUUCCGAAAAACCAAUGCUAAACGAAAACCUGUUGCGCUGCAAUACUCAACCCUGUCCCGCCUAUUGGCGCAUAGAAGAUUGGAGCGAGUGUCAUUGUCAACAGGGUGACGGCUACCGUGAGCGUGAUUUAAGUUGCGUACAAGAGCUCGCUUCCGGCAUUGUUAUACACGUUGACAAUUCGGCUUGUAUGGACGAGAUGCCCAAUCAACGCAAGCCAUGUGAUUGCCCGAAGAAUCGACGUCGUUCACAUGUGGCACGUUACCGCACGGCACAUUCAGGCGCUAAUGGAACUCAUAAUUAUCGCGGACGCGAUAAGACUGACAAAUCUGGUAUUUGGUUAAUGUCCGAUUGGAAUCAAUUUUGCUCUGCUGAAUGUGGUACAGGCGUCGAAUAUCGCACUAUUUCCUGUGAUCGUUCAAAACCGAAUACAGAACGCUGCGACUCACGUGCAACACCAGAGAUUACGCGAUCAUGUGAACGAAGUCGCGAUUGUGAAAAGGGUGAAUGGUUCGCUGGUCCGUGGACGCCAUGUAAUGGAAACUGUUUUAAUUUAACUCGCACCCGACCAGUUUACUGCAUACACCAGCAGCAGAUUGUGAAGGAUGAAGAUUGCAAGCCGGAGCUGAAGCCGCAAAUAAUGGAAAACUGCUCACAUGAAGAGGUGGAGUACUGCGGACCGCGUUGGCAUUACUCCGAGUGGUCGGAGUGCACGAAAACCUGCGAUGGCGGUACUCAACGUCGUUCAGUGAAGUGCUUGGAGUAUGACGAACGUGAGGGUGCGAUGCGUGAAUCGGCCAAGUGUCGUUACUCACUCCGAGAGCCCAUCUAUCGCAGCUGUAACACGCAUAACUGUGACGAACCGCAACUGGAGCUUCUCCAGAACGACGUUGCUGUUUCCUGUGUGGACGAGUUCAACAACUGCCUGUGGGCUGUGAAAGCGAAACUCUGCAGUUACGAUUAUUACAAGCAAAACUGCUGUUACUCCUGUGGCGCCGCCUAAAUACUCGAUCAUAGCCGGCACAUGGGAUACCUGCCAACAACAAAUUUCACUACUUUAGUUUAAUUUAUAACUGAAUUUUGUUUUUGUUUCAUUGUUUUAAUGCGAAAAGUUCAUUUUUAUUUGAAGCACUUGUAUUAAAAAAUUGCCCGUAGUUCUUUCAAAUGCACAGCGACACAAACGAAAUGUAACUUUGUUUUGCAAUCCAAGCGAAAAUAUUGCGAUUUGAUUAAUUGUUGGAAAUUAUUUUUAUUUAUCGAAAUUUUCUUAUGUGAAAUUAAGGCUUACACUUAGUAUUUUUUUAAGUAUUUAUAAAAAUAAAGGUAGGUAUAAUAUAAGAAAUAUUUUAUUUAGUGCUUAGUAAAGAACUUUCAAGGCGCAAAGAAAUUUUGUUUAAAAAUGAAUGACAAAAAUUAGUUACAAUAUAAAUAAU